AUGGAGAUAAAGAAUCACACUUUGGUAACAGAAUUCAUCCUGUUGGGCAUCCCACACACAGAAGGUCAGGAAACUGUGCUCUUUGUUGUCUUCCUAUUUUUCUACCUCUGCACACUGCUAGGAAAUCUGCUCAUCCUUGUGGCUGUGAUGUCAGAUUCGCGUCUCCACACACCUAUGUAUUUCUUUCUUUGUAACCUGUCAGUGCUGGACAUUGGUUUCUCUUCUGUUAGCACUCCAAAGAUGUUGGCCAACCUGCUCGUGAGGAAUCGAGUCAUCUCCUUGGGUGGCUGUAUGUGCCAGGUCUUUUUCUACCAUUUUUUAGGUAGCACUGAAUGUCUACUCUACACAGUGAUGGCAUAUGACCGGUUUGCUGCGAUCUGUCAUCCACUGCGUUACACUAUCAUCAUGAAUCGUCGAGUAUGCGGCCUGUUGGCUGCUGGUACCUGGUUUACCAGUUCCUUUCAUGCCACAAUUCUUACUACGCUGACCUUCCAACUGCCAUAUUGUGGCUCUAAUGAGGUGGACUAUUUCUUUUGUGACAUUUUCCCUGUAGUCAAAUUGGCCUGUGGGAACACGCUUAUCAUUGAGACAGUGAGCUUCACUAACAUUGGCCUUGUGCCUAUGACCUGUUUCCUUCUCAUACUUGCCUCUUAUAUUCGCAUUGUCGUUGCAAUCCUAAAGAUGCACUCUGCUGAAGGGAGACGCAAAGCGGCGUCUACUUGUGUUUCUCACCUUUCAGUGGUCACACUGUUCUUUGGACCCUGUGCUCUCAUCUAUACUCAGCCAUCUUUGAGUGAGGUACUUGUAACCCCAGUGCAGAUCUUUGGCAAUGUAGUUACCCCCAUGCUCAACCCUACAAUCUAUACCCUGAGAAACAAAGACGUCAAGGGGGCCUUAAAGAAACUGGCAGGAAUUCAGACUAUUUCAGAAGGAAGUCACUAG